AUGGUGAGGUUUCCGUAUCCAGACACCUCCAGACCUCCAGUCAGACCUUGGUUUUUCAAGGUGACUGCCGAGUUCAAAGUCAUCACGUCUCUUGGACCGGAGUUGAGAUCCGAUCCAACAAGAUUGGCCUGGAACAAUGAGGACAUGUUGGCGUCACCUGGACCAGAGCCAAACAGGAGAUCAAAGUGCACUUUGAAACAAACCAAGAACACAAUCAUUGGAACAAUGAUCAGUCCCACAAUUCUAGAGGCCCAGUGA